CUCUAUAAAAGCCAGCUGUCACACACUUUUGGGUUCUUUUGCCUGCCACCAUGAAUCUGACAGCUCCUCUGCUGCUGCUGCUGCUCACAGUUUGCCUCGGCAGCGGUGCACUGCUGCCCAAGGCCUUGUGGCAGUUUGGGAAGAUGAUCGCGUGCCCCCAGCCCGGCACCAACCCUCUGGACUACAACAACUACGGCUGCUGGUGUGGCUUCGGUGGCAGCGGGACGCCCAAGGAUGAAUUAGACAUGUGCUGCAAAGUCCACGACAAAUGCUACGAAGCGAGCAGAAAGGUGCCGGGAUGCACGGCCAUCGCUGACCUCCCCUACGUCCUGGUUUAUGAUUUCACCUGCUCGAGCCGACAGGUGACGUGCUCAGCGACCAACGAUAAGUGCCAGGCUGCCGUGUGCGAGUGCGACCGUGUGGCGGCUCACUGCUUCGCUCGGACCGCGUACAACCCCGAAAACAAGGACCUGGAUUCCAAAGUCCACUGUGUCGACUGAGUCACACAAGCUCAACCUCAACCUCAACGACACACACACACACACAUGGUGAUCGUUUGUCAUACUGUGAUUUUCAAAAAAAAAGUUUAUUUCUUAAGGUCAUUGUUUAAAUAAAAACACUGGCAUACAAGAAGUUGGAUUUUGUGCAAUAGGGAAUAAAGAGUCGUGUUGCCUCUUUGUUUCCUUA